AAAAGCAUCUUCUGCAUUUCUUGUUCAAUGACUAUCCCUUCCUUCUUUCUCUAACCUCACCCAUACAAGCAAACGCUUUCCUCAGUUUCUAUCUCGAAAACGAAGAAACCUUCAAAUUCAAACUAGUUAUACGUUACAUAUCAGCGACCUUUACGCGCCACCGUUUUCCCUCGCUGAUCUGAAGGAGAAUGGAACAGUCGAAUCAGGAAACCGAACACAACGUCCAAUCCAAGGUUCAAGAGCCCCAAAAAAGCAGUUCUGUUCCAGAAGAGUCUGGUCAAGCACAAUAUGGAGAUGGAAGCGCAACGAAUUUAACGAAGGAAUCGGGAUUGCAGCCUCCGACGGAGCAAUCAUUGGCGCGCAUCAUGUCGUCUGGUGGCGUCACUCAGAAAUAUGUGCAUUGGAACCCCCAACUGGUUAAGGUAUCCACCAUCGUGGCGUCUUCCCAAGAAUCGCCUCGGUAUUUUUAUCCUUCCCCCUUGUACUCGCCCUCCUUCUCGGCAAAGGACAAGCUAGAAACAGUUCGGAAUGUGCUGGGAACAUGGGGGAGGAGGGUGGGAGAAGCCACUAAGAAAGCAGAGACUCUGGCUGAAAACACUUGGAUUCACUUUAGAACAAACCCAAGUUUUACUGAAGCUGCUGUGGGAAGAAUUGCCCGUGGAACAAAGAUACUAGCAGAAGGUGGCCACGAAAAUAUUUUUCGACAAACUUUUGAGACAGUUCCAGGUGAACGGAUUCUGAAAGCUUAUGCAUGUUAUGUGUCCUCAUCAGUUGGUCCAGUAAUGGGAGUUUUAUAUGUAUCUUCUGAAAAGAUUGCAUAUUGUAGUGACAAUCCUCUUUCCUAUCAAGAUGAUGCAGAAACAGAAUGGAGUCAUUACAAGGUAGUCAUCCCAUUACAUCAGCUUAAAGCAGUGUUUCCUUCAUCAAACAGAUACAACCCAGCAGAAAAGUACAUCCAGCUAGUCUCUGUCGACAAUCAGGAAUUUUGGUUCAUGGGCUUCUUUAAUUAUGAUGGUGCUGUGGAGUACCUGAAAGAAGUUUUUCAAGCCAAUGACUCACAAUCUGACCGGUGGCAAACACCUGUCCAUCCAGGCCUCACUUUCAACUCCGUGUAAUAAGUGUGUGGGUGGGGUGCGCUUCUUGUAACAGAAGAGUUUCAAGUCUAGGAGCAGUUGAACAUAAAAUUAUCCCGCUCCCUGCAAAACUCUGGCAAAUUUGUUUGUGUGAAUUAACUGUAGGAUAUUCAUGUGUGCAACAUUCGAGGGUGUGCUUAGAAUUUACAGUUCAGGGAAAAACAAAUUAUUUUCACUUC